CAUUAUUCGUCAGUCAUCAUAUGAAGAAUUCUAGUCAGGAGAGUCAGCGUGAACUUAAAUACCGACGUGGGAGCAUCAUAAUGGAAAGGGUACGGGAGCUUUCUCGUCUCCGGUGACAUUUUCCCCUCAAAUUUCGAAUCGACUUGGUCAUUCCAAGUUCCGCAGCGGUUUCCAACGGACUAUUUGACGGAAGAGCAGUCGAAAGAAAGCAAAUGGGUCCGAGGGCUUGCACCGCAUGUGCAAAAGCCAAGACGAGGUGUAUUGCGUGCGGCAAUCCCAACAAGUGUGAGCGAUGUGAACGCUUAAAUAAGUCAUGCUCAAAGCAGACUCCCGCGCCGCCAAGGCUUCGGAAGGGUCGAAAGAUGACGAGAGUUGUGGAGCUGGAGAAGAAAUUGGCCGAUCUCAGUUCUCAGUUGGAGAUAUCGAAUCUUCAUCUGCCAGACCUGGGAAAGCCUAUCCUGAGGAACCCUGGCAGUGUGAAAGAGAAUUCGGACAGGGAGAAGGAUAAACCGGAGAAAGACAGCCAGGGUCAGACUGAAUAUAUGAAGAGGAUAAAAGCAUACUGCUUCUUCAACCACAUGUUUCCCGAUUACAGAGUCGCGGAGGGUGGUCAUGAUUCCUCUGGGCUUAACUUCAAUGCCAUGGGCGACUGGGCAGAAAUGGCCCCACGUUUUCCUGCUGGAAGGCCUAUAGCCAACGAACCGCCUUCAAGUAAUUGGCCUCAAGGCGCCGAGGCCUGCACCCUUCUGAGCGAGUAUAAGGAUAAGCUUAUGCAUAUCUUUCCAUUCGUCAUCGUGCCACAUGACUUGACAGCAGCGCAGCUCCAAUGGAAGCGACUGUUCUUGUGGAAGGCCGUCAUGGUCGAGGCUUGCCAUCUGGAUGGGAAACGUCAGCUCGAGCUCGGUACAGAGUUGCUGAGGGAGCUCAGCGAAGCGGCCUUCACGAGACCUCAUAAGAGCGUUGAUUUGCUCCAGGGCUUGUUGUUGUAUCUUGCUUGGUUUCAUUAUGCUCUGAACAGUUUCCAAGUGACGAAUCUGCCAUUCUUGGCUAGGUCUCUUUGCGUCAACCUAGGCUUCAACGACAAUCAGAUCGCCACCAGACAAGCGGAACAUGGUUCUGCAUGCUUGGAACACAUGCGAGCAUUUGCCGGUACAUACCACCUGGUGACCAAUGUUUUCACCACAGGCAAGAGACCCGGUGCUCUAAUGAGCGCGGCCUACAUCGAGGUCAUUUGUCGCAUGAUCGAGCAGAAGUCAGAAUAUCCCACCGAUGAGCUCCUCGUACGGCUGGUCAAGAUCCAGCAAAUUGCGCAGUCAAUCACCACAACAUUCUCAAUAAAUCACAACUUCCAGAACCCGCCGUCUUCCGUCCUCCCUCUACUCGUGGUGGUGAGGAGCUUUCAGGAGCAGAUUGACGCCUACAAGGCACCCUUGCCAACUUACCUCCAAGACAACAACCUCAUGUCCCAUGUCCGCAUCGCUGAGCUCUUCCUGUACGGAGUCGCACUGCAAGACACACAAGAACUUGGCCCCGGCAACCUGCAAUUCAACGACUGCCUCGAGCUCCUCUGGACUCUGUUAGGAGUCACCAAAGCUUUCCUAGCACUGCGCUUCGCGAGACCCGUCACUGAGGUUCCUCGCUUUAUCUGUAUCUCCUCCUUCGACUGCAUGUACGCUUUCAUGACCUGUCUUAAAUUGUACAACCUCGAAGCCCCCGGUUGGGACUUGAACCUGGUGAGGCAGGACCUCUCGCUGGGCGGUCUGAUGGAUAGACUGUCUCAUGACAUGGAGCUCGUCUGCGAUAGGCGCAAGAUCCGGCAGACCCGAGGUGGGCGGCAAACACAGGGAUUGCUGCCGGACCAAGACCCGUUUCAGAGGCUGACCUCAAUGCUCAAGGGGAUUAAGGCCGUGUUGGAUUCUUCGGCGGUGCAGAUGACGGGAAUUACUGGGGGCGGCAAUUUUGGGGCGACGCAGAUGGCGAGGCCGCCAGCGGCCGUGAAUGCCAUGCAGCAGCAGAAUCUGGAUCUUGGGGCAGCGCUUAGUCCUAACAUUUGGCAGGAGGUCUUCAAUGAUAAUGUGUGGAAUAUGAACGAUUGGGGUAGUCAGAGGUUUAGUCUUCUCAGCUUUCCUGCCGAGUCAUAGAUGGGAAACCUGGAUUGCAUAUCAUUAGGAGGCACGUUACUGCCGCCGCAUUUAGUUGCAAUGAUUUCCCGAGCAUCUAGAGGACAAAUAAUAUAAGCUAGCCUGAUAUUCCAGUGAAAUAAACCGGC